CGGCCGCCGACGGCCGCCGACGGGCACCACCGGCCUCGGCCCCGCUGUCCUCCCCUGCCAUGGAGCUGUCGGCUAUCGGGGAGCAGGUGUUCGCGGUGGAGAGCAUCCGCAAGAAGCGUGUGCGGAAGGGUAAAGUAGAAUACCUGGUGAAGUGGAAAGGAUGGCCCCCAAAAUACAGCACAUGGGAGCCAGAAGAUCAUAUCUUGGACCCUCGCCUGGUAGUGGCUUACGAAGAAAAGGAAGAGAGAGACCGUGCUUCAGGGUACAGAAAAAGAGGUCCCAAACCAAAGCGCCUCCUAUUGCAGCGGCUGUAUGGCAUGGACUUGAGGAGUGCCCACAAGGGAAAGGAAAAGCUCUGUUUCUCUCUUGCACGGAGGUUUGGAGGAGGAGACAGUAGCCUGCCAGGGGCCAAGACAGGGCAGGCAGAGUUCUCUGAGAAGACUGGGGGAACAGUCCUGCCAUUCUCUCUCCGGAAGCAACGCAAAAACCAGAAGUACUUGCGACUGUCAAGGAAGAAGUUCCCCCGCAUGGCAAGCCUGGAGAACCGCAGCUGCAGGCAUGAGUUCUUCUUGAAUGAUGCAGUAGACCUGGAGACCCAGCAAAGCCCUGAGGACUGGGAGGCUGUGCAACACACCGGCAAAGAAGCAGAUGUGGAUGGCAAUCUCCCUUGGAUUCCCACUGUGCCCCCCAGCGAAGUGACAGUGACAGACAUCACGGCAAACUCCAUUACCGUCACUUUCAGAGAAGCACAAGUGGCUGAGGGCUUCUUCCGAGACCGGACACUGAGAGACGAUGGAUCCUACCUGUGUAGAUCACUCCAGCCUCUUAAGACUUUCUCUCCAGUGCUGUUUUCCCUGGGGCCUGCUGUCAGGACUUCAGAACCGUAUUUGCCUGUCUGUGUCUCCUCACAGUAUCUGUGAUCCUGUACUUCUUUACUGAUGGAAACUUCCCCUUGGAAGGCUUAAAACUUUGCCAAGGAAAGUGGUCUGCAUUUCAAUAGACCCUGCCUGAUCUUGCACUUAAAUGCCUCAUGCUGGACUGCCUGUGAUGCUUUGAGGUAUUUGAAGAAAUGCUGUAUUUUGAGUUGGUAGUUUAGCAUAGCAUCUGUUCCUGCACAUGCAUAUUCCCUUCCAUUUUCUUGAAAUCAAAUUUUAUUUAAGUAAUUUAAAAUUUUAAAUACAAACAUUUUCCUAUGGAAAGCACGAAAAGUAAGCUACAGUCUGAGGUGGGAACUUCCAGAGAGAGCUGCAGGAGUAUGCUGGCUGUCAUGAUUUCCAUCCUUAACUUCUUUGUUCCCUCUUCCCAUUCCACACAAAGCAUUUCUUUCCUGCUAUAUUUAUUCUGUGUGAAACUAUGAGCCUUCUGAGCUCUGAGGUAUAGGCUCUGUGGAAUUGGGCAGUGUUCAGCAGUUCCUUUGAAGGGUUUUGCCUGCUGACCUUCAGAGUUUGGGAGCUCUGGGACUUCUGGUCAUCCAAACAUCUGCUUCUUGCAAAAUGCUUGGGCUGCCCCCUGAAGCUUUUAUUAAAAGCAGAUUUUACCUCUUAUAGGACGUGACAGGUCAGUGCAGACUUAAGAUUUCCCCUUCUAUCUCAAAGCUGUGUGAGUAGGCCAGUCUUCUGCUGUGUCGCUGCAGUUUCAGGACCACAGGGAAGACCCUGAAUUUCAGAACUAAUCUUUUGUCUCCCAAAUAAGCAACGUGGAAGUUUAAUUAUGGAGAAAUUAGAGAGGGUGAGAAGUGAAAAAUAAGCAGGAAAGAAGCUUGGAACAGCAAGGGCAGACUGAUGAGGGAAUUAUACAGGCCUAGGAUGUUUGUUGAAUGUGGGUGUCUGGAGUAAGGCUUCCAAAUCUGGAAUUGUAUCACAUAAACAGGUUUGCUCUCCUCUGCAGUGUGUGAGGUUGUGCAGUAUCACUCACACUGUCACCCCCCCACACGCACACACAUCCCCCUCUUCCUGAUAUUUGCCAAACAGGCAGAAAACAUUUAUCUUUUUUCUUACUGUGACCUGUGAGCAUUUAGUAUGGCUGAGUCUGCUCACUGGGGUUGCAGUAGGUCAGGUAGUCACAGUUAGAGAAGCACAAUAUUUUAGCUAGUUUGGGGCAAAUUCUUGAAUUCCAGCUCACCCUGCUGAAUCUUCAUGGCAUUUAUGGGAUCUGUUUUCUUUAAUGCAGCUACUGCUACCAUCACAUUGUACAAGUACACCAAAAUCCUUCCUACUUAUUUAAGUUCCAGUCAUCAGCUGACAUUGGAAGCAGUACCAAUCCCAUGGCAGGAAGGAACUUGUCAUAGUAAGCCAGUUCUUUUCUUCCACUCACCAGCUGAGACUUCUCAGUGUUUUGUUUUGGCAUUUCUCUUUAAACAUCUUUUCUUUCUCCUGCAGUAGAGGUUUUCAAAAAACCUGUGGUACUCUUUCAGAGAGGAUACAUCCACAGCUUCAUCUCUUAAUCAUGCCUAGAUUAGGUUAGCUUGUGUUUUUUGCAGUGACUAAUCACCUGACUACAUGGAGUGUUGAACAAGGUACCUGGCUCCCAUGCUGCUUUAUGUACAGGUCAGUUAGGAGUUAGGGACCAGGUUAAGGUGCAGCACAUUGCUUGUGCAUGGGUUUGGUUUGUGUGUGUGAGGAGGAGUCUGUGGUAGGAAACUGAGCAGUUACUGUAGGGUUGAUUUCAUUUUGUUGUGUUUCUUUUGUUUUGCUAUUGGGAUUUUUUUUUUUUUACAUUCACAAAUGCAGUGUUAAAAAUCCAUUAAAGAUUUUUCUUUUGGUCUUUCUAACACAUUUCCAGUGUCUGGCAACAUAUCAUUGUAGACUUCCUUAGUGGAGCUGGUCUUCAGGGACUUCAAAAUUAACGUCAGUCCACGUCUGCAGAUAUAGAGAUGCAUGGGGCUUUUGUACUUUAGAUAGCAGCAGGGCUCCUCUGGGUUCACUUUUCUCCCGUAUCCCAUCCAUCUUUAGGUUCAAUCCCAAAAUCUGGAUAUUGAGCUGGAACUUCUAGAGCUAACAUACGAAAAUUGGAUGCUGUGCUCACAGUUUUGUUACACAUUCCAUUUGAUUAGGAGAGCCAGAAUAGCAUCCAGCUGAAGCAGAGUUUAAUAACUCUAUUCAAAGCACAAGCUGAGAAUAGAAAUGGGCUAACUCUCCCAUACCUCAUUUGGCUCUAUGGCUGUAAACAAGAAAAACAAACUUCAGCCAGUAGAACUUAGUGAACUGUGCACGAGAAACAAACCUCUCAAGGAAGAACUCUUCUAACGGUUGUUCUUCAGAACUGUUCCAGUGGGAGAAUGACCAGCUGUGUUUAGGAGGCAGAAGUUUCUCUUUCAUAAAUCUUCUCACAGUAACUUCACUGUGUGACAGGACCGAGGGGCUUCGUGAGAUUAGAAAACCUUUGUUAACACUGGUUUAAAAACGAUUGGAAAGGUGCCUCUGUUCCUGGCUGGUUACAAAGUAGAUGUUGUUGCUCAGAUAUGUAAGCGAUGCCUUGGAACAGCAAGUUUUAGCACGUAAAUAGUGGCAUUAAGUAGCCUUGUAGCUCCUGCAUGCUCCCUUAUUGUCUUGCCUUUGCUUGGGGGCCCUUUUGCUUGUGAAGUCAGACCGAGGUAUUUAUUUUAUUUUCUCUUUCUUUCUCAAGCACAGCCAGGGUAUUAUUAUGAGAACACCCAGAUGCCAUUCUGUUGUCCAAAAUAAGCUUAAAUUUGUUGGUGAACUGACCCUUACUUAUGUCAGAGCCUCAUACAGCAAGAAGCUUAUUGAGAAAGGAAUGGCUCUUUUUGUUGUUGUUGUUAGUGUUGUGAAACUAUCCAGAAUUGUUCUCUCGGUGUUUUGUGACUGAAUGUAUAAAAUUGUUUGUUUGCCUCACAGGGUGCUGGUGGCCCCAGUGCUGUUUCCUGCUCUGUGGCAGCCAGUGUUGUUUGAUGAUUUCACUGGAAUAGAGAGGGGAGGCCUCGCAUAGGUCAGAAAAUAGGCAGGCUUAGCACAUGUAAGACCUUCGGUGGUAGCCACAACAGAGGCUGGGGUGCGGAAGGCAGCAGUGAGAGCUGUUAGCCACAUCCAUGCAUUUGAGCAAAGCUCAAUCUGCGUUGCCUCCCCACCCCUUCCUCUCCUCUCAGGUUUUCUGAGGUAGGGAAAGUAGGGAAAACGACUCUUCCUAAUGCUAAAUGGUAUCUGCUCCUCUUCAGCUCACCCCUUCCUUGCCUGCAGCCUGAGAAGAAGAGGGCUGUUGGACCUUCUAGGAAAAAAAUUGUAGGGGUAGGAAGAGAGGGAAGGAGGGGCCUCAGGUUUGCUCUUGCUGGGUUGCGAAGGGCAGGCCUUUGGGUGAGCAACUGAGAGAGGAGAUGCGAUGUAAGAGCAAAGAACUUGUAAUGAAACUCAAGGGCCAAAAUUGUCGUGAUUGUAAAAGAAAUACUGAGAUGAUUAACCUGAUUUUUUUUUUAUUUUUAUUUUUUUGUAAUUGUUCGUUGAGGUGGGUGUUAACUGCCAUCUGUCAGUUAAUAGCAGCGAAAUGAAAGCAGCCUGCUCCUUACAGGCCCUUUGUGCUUCUUGCUUGGUUGUGAAUUUACCUUAGUCUCCAAGAAGAGUGGGAAAAUCAUAUGAUGGGGAAGGAGAAGAGACAAGUAGGGGAUGAAAUGAGGCCACGUUCAGCCACUGUUCUAAUGCAGUGCCUUCUGCUCCGAAACCUGUGAUCCCUCACAUCAGCUCUGGUGUGUCAGUGCUUCAGAGCAGUCAGUGGGUGGAUGGCCCUCUGAGCAGGCCAUGCAGAGAGGAGGUGCUGUGUUCGUGUCUCUCUUUUAUCAUUUGGAAAGGAAGGGAGGUGCAUGCUGACAGCUUACGUGAGGUAAUUUCUGCAUGGAAGUAUAUAGCAUUAGCAUAUACAAGUGAAGGGAGCAUGUCUCUUUCACUGUUCUCAAAAUAAUUGUCCCCAGGGGUAUAGUAAACUUGAUCUUGAGACAGCAGGUUAUGAUAAAAAGGCCCACUGAGUCUGACUGCAGUGGAGCUGUCUUUGCAGAGACAGCAUGGACCUUCUGGGUGUUGAACCACCCAUGUUCCAACCAAGCAACUGGGCACGCCUAUGAAACUGUUGAAGAGAGAAGCAAUCACUUGGAAUGCAACUCAGACUUCUCAAAUACUUUCCUGCAACAGGUACUUCCUGAAUUUGAUAAUCCUUCUCUUUCCUCUUCCAGCUCUCUUCCCUUGUACCAUUAAGCUCUUAAAGUACAAUGGCUUAUUAGGGAGUGUGGGCCAAGGGUGAUCCCCAGCUAACGGUGUUGUGUGCAGAGGAGAGGAGUUCAGGGGGAGUUUGUAAUGGGUGUUAGGCCCGAGAAGGAUGCCUACCAAGAGAGUGUGGGUAGAAACUUUGCUGCUGGAACUGUUUCUGUUUGCUGUGGGACACGCUGCAAACCCUUCAGGGGUUCUUCUGAAACACACCCUGGUGAUGUCUGAGAGCACCAAUUGAAUAUUGAAGGAGAGAGCUUGUAAGAGUGUUCAGAACCUCUAUCAGCUUAUCUCAUUACUGGGAUAGCAGUUUUGACUGGGAGGGGGAUUUCAGAGGAAGUGGAAAGACUUGGUUUUAUUUUAUUUUUAACCAGAAAGCGUAGUGUCAGCACAAAGAAGCUCUUUGCAAGUCUGUCAAGACGUUAAGCAGCUUUUUUUUUUGCUUUUAGUCUGAAGCAUGUUUUGAAGCACUUUGAAAAUGCAAAGCACUAGGAGUGCAAAGUACUCCUUGUCGUCUGCCUGAAAGUGGCGUUUGAAAAACAUUUUAAAAGCGUUUGAAAAGAUGUAUCUAUUUCAGGUCGGUAGCUGUCCCUUGUUAUUUUUCCAGAGUUCCCACCCAGCCCUUAGCCUCCCUCCCAUGGCUGAGGGGAGAGUUUCCUCAGCCCUGCUGAGUGGAAGAGGCUAACCAAGGAGGGGGAGGCUCACAGUGCCCUGUGUGCUGGCUUCCUCCCCACCACCUCCUUUAUCUGAGAUGAGGAAGAAGAGGAGGAAGUUCAGUUGCAGUGGUCCUAGUCUGGAACUGACUGCAUCUUUUAGCUCUGGAGACAUCUUUAUAUCUGGCCUGAAGAAUUGCACCUUAUGAGUCUGGCUGAGGAAUGGGGAGGCACCUGUCCUCUUGCAGGUGGUGUGGAAAGGAGGGAAGGGUGAGCCAGAAGCUGUCUUCAGUAGAUGCUGGAUUUUUCUGGAGGCUGUUUCCUCACCUUAUCUCCAACAUAACAGCAACCAAAUAACUGAAUUCAUCCAAAUGAAGCUUUUAUUCUUUAUAUCUAAAGAGCCUUUUGAGCAGGCUAAGAUGAGAGGCUCUUCUUUCUUGCUUAGCAUGCUCUACAGUCAAAGGAACCUUAGUUCUUUCCUGGGGUCUUUGGCUCCAGCCUUCCCCUUAGCUUAGACACACCAUUUGGACUCUUUGCACACUGACUCAUCUAAUGUGAUCUGCUUCCCUUCUGCUGGGGGGCAGAAGAUGGGGUCUACUGGGAGAAGAGGGUCCCUGGUUCUUGUUCAUGUCUCUUCAGCUGUUGUUUCUGUCAGCACGCUAGAGUAUGAGAGUCUUUGCACACAGAAAGCUUUCUUUUGCACAGAAUGAGCUUCUAGCUUUUGUACAGACUAAUUGAAUGUAUUUGGGGGGGUUGGGAGGGAGGGAAAAGGCCGCAAACCAAUUCCACAUGAACCAAUCAGAGUAUCAUGCCUUGUCUGAGCGAGCGUGGGUCGUAAGCAGAGGUUGUAAUGGCAAAGGGAGGGCAGGCUCAAGUAUAAUUUGACACAAAGUGUGGUUUUAUUUUUGUACUGAUACGGAUAAGAGACUGUACAGCAUCUAUUUAUUUAGAUGAUUUAUGUGGUAAAUGUUGCAAACAAAAUUAUGAAAAUAUUAAAUAUGAGAACUGACAUUUA